AUGGGCCAGGUGGCCAUAAAAGAACUUAAUCUCCAGCACCAGGGUGUCGAGGAAGUGUUAAAAGAAAUCCUGGUCUUGAAAGAAAAAAGAAACCCCAAUAUUGUCACCUACCUACAAAGCUACCUUGUCAAUGGGGCUGUCCUGCUGGUGCUGGAGUACAUGGACGGAGGCUCUUUAGCUGAGGUUGUCAGAAAGAAAAGGAUGGAUGUAGGACACAUAGCAACAGUCUGUCGCGAGUGCCUGCAAGGCCUGGCUUUCCUUCAUGCCAACCAGGUGAUCCACAGGGACAUCAAAAGUGACAACAUCCUUCUGAGCCGGGAUGGCGCCGUCAAGUUGGCUGAUUUUGGCCUCUGUACUUGGCUCACCCCUGAGCACAGUAAACGGAAGUCCGUGGUCGGCACCCCUCGCUGGAUGGCACCCGAGGUGGUGAGAGGAGAGCCAUACGGCCCUAAAGUGGACAUCUGGUCCCUUGGCAUCGUAGGAAUACACAUGGCCAAAAGAGAGACUCCUUACAUUCGUCUAAACAGUGCCAGGGCUAUGUAUCUGAUAAGCACGCAGGGGGCACCAGAUGUGCACACGCUCAGGCUGCCCGCUGCCUUGCGUGACUUUCUGCGCUGCUGCCUGCAGAUGGAUGUGGACAGGCGAGGCUCUGCCAAGGAACUUCUGCAGCAUCCAUUUCUCAAAUUAGCGGAGCCUCUCUUCAGCCUCUUCUGGCAGCCUGAUUGCUGUCAUCCCUGCAGCAAAGUAGUGCAGGCAGCACAAGGACACCUCAUGAGUUGGAGAAAAGAGCCUCUGAGGACAGGAAGAAAUCUUGAGGAGAGAGGGGCCAGGAAACAGGCAGCCAUCAGAGCGGGAAAGGAAAGAUCACAUGGACCCCUGCCAUGUAAGUCUCCACUCCAGGUGCUUUUCAAAUUAAAACAAAGGAAAGCUGCAGUGAAGCAAUUGAGGAAGAGGAGAUGACCAGGAGCAGUUUGGGAUUUCCUUCUCCAAUGCCAGCUUGGAGAUGGACUCAGAAUAAAAAUCCUAGAAACCCCCAAGCUCUGUUGGAGGGGUUUGGAUUGCCCCCUUGGUCACCUUAUCUGUUGCGGUGUGCGUUUCCCAGGAUGCGCUGCCAGCAUUGGGGUGCGUCACAUUCCCCCCGGGGAGACUCUUUCUCC